GUCCUGGACCGUGACUGGAUGCCCACGCCCCCUUGCCUGCGGCUGGGAGGUGUCGAAGCUCGACUCCAUCUCCAGAGACACAGAGCUCUCAACCGGCUUUUACUUCCAGCCGAGCGGCCGUGCGAGCUCGUGGGUUCUUUCCCCGUAGGUCUUCUCAGGCCCCGCUUCCUUUGACUCCGGCAGCUGCGCAAUUGCGGAGACUGGAUUCACCUGCCGAGUCGGAGGAGGGGCUCCGGGUGGCACAGUGCGCAGGCGCGGGCGUUCGGGGCUCGCGGCGCGCGGCGCUCGGUUGAAGCGGGAGUGAGUUCUGGUCGCGGAGACCCGGCAGCGGGCGAGCGAGCGGGUGACCGGGCGCCUUCUCUGCAGCCAUGGCAGCCCUGCGCUACGCAGGCCUGGACGACACGGACAGCGAGGACGAGCUGCCCCCGGGCUGGGAGCAGAGAACCACCAAGGACGGCUGGGUUUACUAUGCCAAUCACACGGAAGAGAAGACUCAGUGGGAACAUCCGAAAACUGGGAAAAGAAAGCGAAUAGCAGGAGAUUUGCCCUAUGGAUGGGAACAAGAAACUGAUGAGAAUGGACAAAUGUUUUUUGUCGACCACAUAAAUAAAAGAACUACCUACUUGGACCCAAGACUGGCAUUUACUGUGGACGAUAAUCCUACGAAGCCAACCACCAGACAGAGAUACGACAGCAGCACAACUGCCAUGGAAAUCCUCCAGGGCCGGGAUUUCAGUGGCAAAGUGGUCGUGGUUACCGGAGCGAAUUCGGGAAUAGGGUUUGAAACCGCCAAAACUUUUGCCCUCCAUGGUGCACAUGUGAUCCUGGCCUGCAGGAACAUGACAAGAGCCAAUGAAGCCGUGUCACGCAUUUUAGGAGAAUGGCAUAAAGCCAAGGUAGAAGCAAUGACCCUGGACCUCGCUCUGCUCCAUAGCGUGCAGCAUUUUGCUCAAGCGUUCAAGGCCAAGAAUGUGUCACUUCACGUGCUUGUGUGCAAUGCAGCCGUGUUCGCUCUCCCCUGGAGCCUCACGAAAGAUGGCCUGGAGACCACCUUCCAGGUGAACCAUCUGGGCCACUUCUACCUCGUCCAGCUCCUCCAGGACGUCUUGUGCCGCUCAGCCCCUGCCCGGGUCGUCGUGGUUUCCUCGGAGUCCCAUAGAUUUACAGAUAUUAAUGAUUCCUCUGGAAAACUAGACUUCAGCCGCCUUUCUCCAUCGAAAAAUGACUACUGGGCCAUGCUGGCUUACAACCGGUCCAAACUCUGUAACAUCCUCUUCUCCAGCGAACUCCACCGCCGCCUGUCCCCGCGUGGGGUCACGUCGAACGCGGUGCACCCCGGGAACAUGAUGUACUCCUCCCUGCAUCGAGGCUGGUGGGUGUACACGCUGCUCUUCACCUUGGCCAGACCCUUCACUAAGUCCAUGGGGGCAUUGUGGUUUGACCGUUCAUUUAAACAGCCUGCAUUCGAUCAGUUUACCCAGAAAAGAGGAGGCCUGGGUGUAUUUCUGAUUCCUCCCAAGAAGGACUCAUAUCUGGAAGAGAACAGAUGUUGAUUCUUUCUCCUCACUAGCAAACGGUUAGUGUUGUCAAAUUUGCUAAACUUAGCAGUUGAAGAUUAACAUGCAGUGUAUAAUAUGCAUGUGCCUAACUGUACAAUAAAUAGUAAAUCACAUUUUUAUGCUUUCUCUGAACUUGGAAGCUGCAAGGUUUUUUUUUUUUUUAUUCCCUGUGUGUGAUGAAAUAAAUAACAUUGAAAUACAUUUUAAAGAUGUCAGUCAGGGGGGAAAAAGUGCUUGGCAACUGUGUUUGAUAGAUUUCUUUUAUGAUUAAUUCUCCUAUUAAGUUUUAAUGACUUUAAAGAUAUGAAGCUAGAAACCACAAAACUAGGCAUGGUUAAUAAAUAACUGAAAUACCAGGUGUAUAGAAAUGCAUCUAUGGAAAAAUGAACUCAUAUAUUCUCUAGGAUGUAUCAGGAAACAGAUCUUUGGCAAAUGAAGAGAGUCAAAUGUCCCCGAAGGGGGGGAAAAGUUGAAGAACAGUGAAUUCAAGAAGAUUGUCUUUCUUAAAGAAAAUCCUUUGAGAAAGGUACUCUCUAAGAUUCACAAAUGUAAAUAAAUUAUUUUCUGAACCAGUGUUUAUCAGCAAGGCGGUUGUUCUCUCGGAAUGCAUUUAUCCAUUGUGGGUUUUUAAGCAUCUCUGUACAAAAUUGCAAGUAUUUCUCAGAAUUUCUUGUCACAGUUUUCUUCCCGAGCUCAUCGGGCAUGGAAAGGGCCGUGUUGCUUUGCUGUUUUAGAAAUGCUCAGAGGACUGCCUGGGACCCCGAAGUGGGAAAGAGUGGUGACGGGGUUUUAGUAAUACUAUCUUUUUUAAUUCCUUCUGCACCCAAAACUGAUGACAUAUGACUCGGUUCUUCCUCAAAGCAUCUCUGUGAAUCGGGGAGGAUAGAAGAAUUAAUUCUAGGUUCCAAACAGCAAAAGUGAGGCUUGUCAGGGGCUUGCAGGCUUGGCCCGGACUCUGAAUUCUCCCUCUGAGCCACCCCACGUCGGAGAGUCUGCAGGUUCAUGCCUGGGGCCCUCUGUGGUAGGCACAGCUGGAUUAUUUACUUUCUAGAACAUCUCGAGUUCCUGAGCCGACCAGUUUAGAGACCAAACACACAUUAAUUAACAUGAAUAAUGACUAGGAAGAAUUGCAGGGCCCCCAGAAGAAGAAUGUAUAAAUGUGCAUGUUUUUGUAUAUGCUUAUGCAUGUGUGUUUGGGCCUGAAAGGAGACAAAGGGUGCAUUUUGCACAAUCCCUUCUCUCCACGCAGGGCUCUCCUUGAGCUUUUCUGAGUCCCCAAAGCACAAUAGGUACCCUUUGGAACCUUCACACCUGGCAGCCCCCCAUGCUUCAGAACUUCAAAUCUAAAGAUCUUUUAAAUACACAGAACUUAUUUUUGCAAGCUCUUGGCCCAUUCCAACUGAAUACCGAUUCCCAGCCUCGAAAAUGCCUGGAGUGAGAAAACAGGGAAUAUUGUUCUUUUCUGUUUAUAUUAUUUCAUACUGAGUCAACACACUUGCCAAGAGUCCGAGGCAGCUUCUGGCUUGACAAUGCCUUAUUUAACUAGCCUAUUUCUAGAAUAAAGUCAGGGUCCCCUGGGGCCCUCUCAGUGGCACUCAGGUCACUCAUGAGCUGGAAGAGACCAAAACAAAUAAAGCGAAUCUGUUUCUCCAGGAAAAUCAUCUUACUUUUUUUCUGGGCUAGGCCACGGAUUUGGCCCUGGAAGCCAGAGGGCCUCGGCCAACACCGGAUACCCAGCUUGUCCGGGGUUUCAGAGCCCUGGAAUCUCGGAGACCUGCCUCUCGGGGCUGCGGGGCUGCACCAAAAACUGAGCCUUUCUGCUUGCUCCCAACCUGGGCAGCUAGCUGCUGGGCAGCCUCUCUAGCCAGCGCCUCACUCCAGGCCUGGCCGUAUCUCGGGCUCUCCUGGUACCCGGAGCACGUCGGCUUGAGGCUGGAAGAAACUCGAAGCAUUUGGCCAGGAAGAGGCAGCUAGUUCCAGCUGGCCCGAGCGCUGCGCUUUAAAAAUUACCCAGAUGAACUGAUUUUGUAUCGGGAGUGGGUGGAGAGGACUCCAGGGCUGGGGAGGAAGAUGCGGGCCUCUCUCCCCCUAAUCAUGAGCGAUGUGAUUUGGAGAGGGAAGCAGGGGCUUGGCUCGGCAAACUGCAUUUCCUUGGCCGAGCUCCAGAGGGGAGAAAGGAUCCAGAGGGAAGGCACAGGCAACGCUGUGUCCGGUUAGCCUCUCGCAGACCCCCCAGGCUCCCGGACCCUCUGCUGGGCGUCGGGUUGGUUGGUGCCCCAAAGAGGGUGGCUCUGCUGAGCAGGGUCUGCCGAGAGAGGGAGGCCUCGGGCUUCAGGACUGGGGGGAGUGGCUUCCGUGGACGUGAAAAAAACGACAUCAGAGGCAGGAGGCAUCCCUCCAAACAUAACUCGGCCUCCCGCUCUCCCUGCAGACAGAAAGGCCGCGCUCUCUUGGCCCGGUGCCUGCACGCGUUCUUGGCACGCGCAGACUUUCUGUAUCACUCCCGCCCCAGCAACGAAUCUGGCCGGCGACUUGGCCACUCUCUGAAAUGAAGAGUAGUACUCGGGCGCCCAUAACAUUUUAUUUUAACGUAAGAGAAGAUAAAAGGAAAGAGAGCCCGAGCCCUCUCCUUCUUGAUUCCCUCCACCCCCAGAAAGUCUAGCCAAGAAUCUGCAAAAAUGCAUCCACCCACCCACACGUUGACGGGCAGGUUUGAGACCCUGGUCACCUUUCCCACACCUGCCUGAUGCCUGGAUCCAGGGGUGCUGCACUGCCGGGUGGGAAGGGCGCUACGGGGUAGACCCCCUUUGGAGGUUCUGUGAUGACUGUUUCUUACCCAGGGCCUGUUUUACGCUAUGCCCCAGUUCCUUCAGGCCAGGUCCCUCCUCAUCUGUGCCGUUGCCAUAAAUACGGGGGAAGCGAGAUCUUUCUAGCAAGGGCAACAUUAUCUCGCCUAAAAGGAUAGACCCUGAGACUGCUCUUACAUUCAGCCAACAGAGAGCAGAGAAGGGAAAGAGUCAACCAGGAGUACAAAGAGUAUGAACGAUCUCUGUGUGUUGACUCCUUUUCGAAAGACAAGAUGAACAGAAAUACAUGCAUAUAAAUAUUUCUUUCCGGCCAACCACCACAGAUUAGAUUUCACAUUCGAAAUGUAAAUCGUGCCUAGGAAACACCGAUGUUUAUUUUAAGCAGCUGACCCUCAGGGAUAAAAAUAAAAAGGAUAAGGGAAACAAACAAACCGCGUUACUGACAAGAGGUAGGAUGUUCUGUUUUCUGUCUGGCAGCUAUUUUCCAGCUCUGGCAUUUCUAGGGAACGCUUUGGAAUACUUCUGGUCCGGUUCAUCCAUGAAAAACCGUCUGUGUUUUUACGCUUUGAAAAGACAUGCAGAGAAGCCCACAGCAUGUCACAUUGGGUGUCUUAUCCUUGAGGAAACAGCAGGCAGCAUCAGUGUCACCCAUGGACCAUCCCCGCCCCCAGCAUCCUUUGAGAAAUGUCUUGGGUCUGUCUCUAGCCAGGUCAGCCCUGAGCUUCUUGAUCCGCGCGCUGGCCUGUUUGGGAACACAUCUGAAUUUCGGUAUGUAGCAGGGGAAACGCCGUCUGGCUGUUCCAUUCCGUGCCCAUGCCGCUUCCUGUGUCACCCCUUAACAAGGUGUGGAGGAGCCUCGGGAGUCCCACCACCUUACGCUAAACGAGAUGACACGGCCCUCUAACUGCAGGAUGCAGCCGACUGCUCUGCGGAACAGGGUUGGCUCACCUUGCCUUGACAUCAGGGCGUCCCUGUGUUUGCUAGACUCAUGCCCACCCGGAUUCUCGCUCCUUUAUUUCUCAAAUCAGUUUUUGCCUUGGAAGUAAGAUUCAGAGCGUAAGAACGUGGCUUGUCUCUCACACGUUAUGGAAGGCAGGCCGUGCCCUCCGUGUCAAAUGAACGGAAGAAAAGCUGGUGGUCCCAGGGAUGGAGGGAGAAAUUGGAGCAGGGGUGCUGGACAGGAACCCAUCUGCACAGGUGUCGCUGUGCCGUAACUGUGGCGGGUCUUCCUCCGCGGGGCCGUCUCCGUGCUGUGGUUCCCCGGGCGGAAGGGCGAAUAAUGCUGGUCCCUCCACCUCCUUUGUCUUUGUCAAACCUACCAACUCAUUCCAGGAACACAGAUAUUUCAUUAUCUGCUACUGUUACAUCUCGAUCCUGGAUCCCCAGGCUGUGUUCAAAACUACCGCCCUCUCAAGGAAGACAAGGGGAUUGUGCCAGCAGGAUCUCCUGUUAGUGUGUGUGUGUGUGCCCGUGCAUGUGCACAUCCGUGUGUACAUGCUUGUGCACCGUUGGCGCUGUUUCCAGCGAGCAGUAAAGUCCUCCCCUCCUGUGGACCCGGGACCUGGCAGUGAGCUGGAGCUGGCAGAAAUUUUGUGACCGAGUUGUUAAACACAGUCACUACGAAAACUUAAAUUACAUAAACUUACCUUUAAACAGGUUGUAUUCAAAACGAAGUUAUUAGAGCUCCUUGCCUCCUAGUCGUUUAACGACCUCUGCCUGUUUUUAUCUGUGCUCCUGGGGUUGUCUGGGUCUGGAUGGCAGAAAUGCUCCAGCCCUGCGACCACUGACAUGACCUUGCUAGCUUGAAGCAGCCCUUGCUGGGAGUAUUUACACCACGGAAAUGGGCAAAAACUACAGCAGGCCUUCGUUGAUUGCUUUGUUUAUAUUGUCUCGGCUUAGGAAAGUCAUUACAGUGUUAAUAACGCAGAUUAAAUGUAAGCGUAUCAUGACUCUAGUCAUUACCUUAUGAAUAUUAUAAAAAAGAGGAAAUAUUCCCUUAGCAUAGGAAAGAAAAACUAUGAUCUACCUCAGCAAAGAAGCUGCUGGUGCCAUUGAAGAAUGGGUGACAUUUCAAAAUAUGACUGUUUUGACUGUUUCACUUUCAUCUUACUGGUUAAGUAAAAACAUUCUUACUGGUGAACUUAAAAGCAUCAGCCAGCACUCACCAACUGCUUCCUGCCAGUGGAUGCAAGAAUUAGGCAGAAAGCAUUGAGAGCACUGGGUGAGAGUCAGCUGGCUCUGUGGAAUUUAUAAUGAAGAAUGUUGCAUAUUUUCACUCGUAAAUUGUGUGCCAACAUCUUUUAUAUCAGUAAAUUUUAUAAUGGACCUGUGUAGAGUUGGCCCUCCAUAUCCAGGGAUCCCGCGUCCCCACAUUCAACCAACCUUGGAUCAUAAAUAUUCGGAAACAAAAUUCCAGAGAUACCCAAAAAGCAAAGUUUGAAUUGGCCACAUGCUGGCAACUACUUGUAUAGCAUUUGUGUUGCAUUUACAGCUGUUUGUAUACCAUUUACAUUGUAUUAGGUAUUACAGGUAAUCUGGAGAUUAAAGUAUAGGAGAGGGUGUGCUUAGGUUAUAUGCAAAUACGGUGCCAUUUUAUAUAAGGAACAUGAGUAUCCUCGGAUGUGGGUGUCCACGGGGCUCCUGCAGCCAAUCCCAGGAGGAUCCGAGGUACGGCUGUAUAUAUAUUUAUAGGCAUGCUUCCCUUCUUGGAGACCAGACACACUGGAUUCAGUCAGCUGCUCGCUUGCGAAAACGUUGGAGGGUUCCUUGAGACGGCGUGUGCAGACGGGCCUGCUGCAGUGACUGGUGCAAAACCACAAGGACAGCCGUGGUCAUAAAUACCGUCUCCAUCCCUGUCACCAUCGGAGGGAGCAAGAUGACAAGUGCCGGCACAGCGUGUCCAAGAGCAAACUCAGCCAGCGCGAUGCGCUGCCCGGUGCACCUGGGUGAGACUGCGUGCCUGUGGUCCCUGGGUGUUCAUUUUCCCAGGACAAAAAUCUACUGUGGCUGGCAAAUUUCACGUCUUCCCCUUUCUCUUCAUAUUCACGGCCCUUCCUACAGACUGUACAGAAAUCAGGAAGAAGCAGGGGGCAGUUAUCGUUCAUGUAAAGGCGGCCCAUCUCUCCCCAGCACACACCUGGUCUCCAGAUACAAUCAGGGACCAUCCAUUUCCGUCUCCUUACAUCAAGCCUUUCAGCAUGGUUUACAGGUACCCCUUCUGCCCAGAGGCCCUGACCUUUCAAGAAGGAUUUGAAAUCUUUUGAGAGCUCUGAAAUGAUGCGAACCUGAAAAUAUCCACCUGGAAACGAAAAGGGAACAAGGUGACACCUGGCCGUCCUGUGGAAAAGGAUCCCGGGACCUCGCAGAGCUCUUAGACAUUGCGGGAACGUCUAAUUUGUAGGUCCCUUUCACUUCUGAGAGCCCGGCAUCCUGUGUCCUAGGCCUGUUGCCUAAGACCGGCCCAGCCUUGUGGAACAAAACGGUUUCAGAGUGAUUACAGUACCUCCUGGCUUCCAUAUCCGCCUGUAUUUCUUGUUAUUCUAGUUGAGUACUGCAUUCAGACAGAGGUUGCCAAUAAAGUUUAUUGUAGGAGCCGUGUGUCAAUAUCUGUUGUACCCCUCGCCUGGGGUGCCUGUAAUUAAAAUGCCACAGAUAGUCUGGGAGAGGCGUGAAAAUUUGAUGGCAAAUUGAUUUCAGGUUCAUCUUGAAGUUUGUCCUCAGCUGGACUCGAUAGGCCUGGCAGCCAUGGGACGGCUUUUAUCAGGAGGGUCUGCUAGAAUGAGACAGAGCUGUCUCGAUCUGAAUAUUAAAUACAGCGCACUGUUUAUGACAGAUUAUUCCUUUAGUGCUAAAGCACGCAGCUACUUCUCUUUACACAGUCUUCUCCAUUGAAUGUGUAAGAUAGGAUCGCACAGAUCCAUUUUACAUAUGAAAAGAAGUUGUAUAAAACUCUGGGCAUAAGAAAUAAAGAGUUUUAGAAACGCUGGCUUCAGACACAGGAUAUUCUAUCCAAUAUUCUAAACUUAGAAAUGCUCCUUGGAUCUAAUUUAAGAAAGCUAGAAAAAUAAUGGUAAUCAAGAUAGUGUAAUCAAGUAUCACAGCCUUAUAUUGUUUCCUCAGAAUAGUGCAUUGCAGAAAAGGAAAAAAGCCACAUAAGUGGAGGAAAGAAUCCCAGUAUUUAAUAUUAUAAAUUGCUGGUUCCUGUAAACUCCCAUUUCUGCAUCACAUUAUAAAAGCCAUUAUCCUUGUGCUAUUGUUCCUGCAGAAAUGCACUAUCAUGAUGAUACAAUUUUAAAAGUGUAUUUGUUUUUAGAAUUUAAUUUGAAAAGGGUUUGAGGGAAAAUCAUGUGGAGUUUUGAGUGUUUGUAAUUUUAAAAAUGUGUUCAGUUGAAUUAAAUGUGUUCAAGAAAACCCGCUUUAUAAUCUGAAACUGUUUCUUGGGCAAUUAAUUGUAUUUACUUUAGAAUUCGACAUGUGAUUAGAAGCAGUUGAAAAGAGGAAUACUCAAAUGGGGUGCCUUCCUUCAUUCGUUUAGCUAAUAAGAAUUGAGUCCCUACUCUGUGCAAAGCAAAACUGGAUGAGAAGAGAUUUCUAGGUGGGAUUUCAAUGAGACCCAUGGCCCAGGCUACCCUGUCACUAUAUAUAAGUGGGGCCUGGAUGAAUUUUUCCAAAAUGCUUGAACUAGUGAUGCCAAAAGCUGCCCGACUGGCUUAAAAAUAAAUGAAGGGUACAGUCUCGUUCCUUUGAAAUGGAAUUUUAAAAUGGAAACAGAAGCGAUUCCCUUCACUUCCUGGAAGAAUCUGGCUCUGCAUCUCGCUCAGUGUUAUUUCUCAGGCAGUCACAGGUACUAAGGCCCAUCAGUGUAAAGAGCCCAGCAUAUGCUCAUGGGUCGUCAGAGUCACUCCUUUGCACAUUCAGGAGAUAUUUAUGGGUCUUUUGUUAGGACAGUUUUUAUGGCCCAAGAUUAAAAGUUAAAAGUUAAAUAGUAAAAGUAACGAAGAUGUGCCUUUGGAGGAUCCAACUGGUUUGUGUUUUCAUUCCCUCCGCUUGUCAAGGCCCAUUGAAUUUUGAUGAUAGCAUUAAAAAAAAAGAAAAAAGAAAAGGAUGUCUCAGAUCAUUUUUGGAAGGAGACAGUGUAUGAAUUAACAAAUUACUAAAAUAACCUAUACUCCAGAGAUGCUAAUUUAUUAUCUUCUCUGUAAGUAGGAGGCUUUUCUUUUUUGAUGCAGAAUUUCUUUGUGGCAGCUUUAACAUUCUCAGGAAAUACUGUGGGCAACAUUCGAUAAAAGAUUGAAUUAUUUGAUCAAAGAAAAUAAAUAUCUAGAUAGUGCAUUCACAGCCCUGAGAGAAGUGAUCCGUAGAAAACGAUGCUCCUUGAAGGUUCGUCCGAGGGUUGGUUUCAGAUUCUGAAGUACCGUAUUGUAAGGUAGUUCCUGUUGGCAGGGAGCAAGUUCAGAACAAAGCUGCGCUGUAUGAUGGAUGAAUCAGAGAUCUAGUGGAGGUGGAAAUAGUAGCCUGGCCUUGGGUACGGAUUGUCUAUGAAUUCCACUGAUACUUAUUGAUGCACAGAGAGGGCAAAUAAAGAAGGAUUCUGUGAUCAAAACUAUUUCAGAAAUGCAGUACACAUCAGAGCCUUUUCUUUUUCCUCCAAAGAUUGAUUUAUUUUUUAUUUAUUUAUUUAAUUUAUUUUUGGCUGCAUUGGGGCUUAGUUGCGAGACGCAGGAUCUCCAUUGAAGCACGCAAGAUCUUUCAUUGCGGCGUGUGGGCUCUUCGUUGUGAUGUGCAGGCUUCUCUCUAGUUGUGGCCCGCAGGCUCCAGGGCGCAUGGGCUCAGUAGU